AUGUCGCACAUCACUUCAGCCCCCGAUGCAAUGGUGGAAAAAGCAGAGAAAAGUAACUCAGAAGCAUCCGUACCUCUCGAGGGUGUAUCCCCAGCGGUCCCUAUCCAGCGGACUGAAAACCUCUCCAGCUACGGAGACCCACGUAAAUGGCCCAUUUGGAAGAAAAAUGUCCAAAUCCUAAUGGUCGCUUUUCAUUCGAUGGUGGCGACCUUUAUGGCUGCGGGAAUCAUCCCAGCAUUUGACGCUAUGGCUGAAGCGUACGGCGUGACCGUGCCAGAGGCAAGCUAUCUAACAUCGAUACAAAUCCUGGUGUUGGGGCUCACGCCGUUCCUGUGGAAACCGAUUACCUGCGUCUACGGUCGAUACCACGUGUUGCUGGUCUCCGUUCUCGGUAGUCUGGUCUGCAACAUUGGUGGAGCUCGGUGCACAACGUAUGGAGCACAGAUGACGACACGGGUUCUCACUGCCAUACUCAUUUCACCGCCGAUUGGCAUUGGGAGCGGUGUCAUCACCGAGCUCUGUGAGCCUGAAGAAAGAGCCCAGAAGCUGGGGUGGUGGACAUUGAUGACCACGCUUGGAACCCCGGGGGGCCCGUUUAUCAUGGGCUUCUUCCUCGCUUACCUCCUCCUGGGCGAGGAAACGAUAUAUGCCCCUGCGGACGCCGGUAGUGGCAAGGGUGGCCCGACGAGCAAGCUUAUCCCCCGUCGAAUCGACCCGCGCCCUCUGAAACCUUGCGAGUUCAUAGAGUCGAUCUUCUUGUACCGGUAUCCGCGAAUCCUGAUUCCUACGGUUGCUCAGUGCGUUGUCUUUUGCUAUGCAAAUACGGCCAUCAUCGUUGAAAUGCCCAUUGCCUUUGGCCAGAAGUUUCAUUUCGACGCUCAGCAGAUCGGACUGCAGUAUAUUGCAGUGAUUAUAGGAAGUCUCGUCGGGGAACAAGUCAGCGGGCCUAUGUCAGACUGGUUCAUGAAAGCACUGAGUAAGAGAAGAGGACACUUCCAACCGGCCGAUCGCUUAUGGCUUUCGUACAUUGGGUUCGCAACCGUCAUUGCGGGACUCUUGACAUGGGGAUUUCAACUGGAUAAUGCCACAUCGUGGAACGUCACUCCCUGCAUAGGUGCGGCUAUUGCGAGUUUUGGUAAUCAGAUCCUGACUACUAUUCUCAUCUCAUUCGCGGUGGAUUGCUACAAAGAUCAAUCCACCGACAUCGGUGUGUUUGUCAACUUCGUCCGCCAUAUUUAUGGAUUUAUCGGUCCGUUCUAUUUCCCUCCCAUGUUUAAAACAUUGCACCUGGGUGGCGCUGCGGGAGUCAUGUGUGCGAUCAUUGGCAUGUGUGCUUUGGCCCCUAUCGUGGCGAUGCAUGUUGUUGCCAGUCGUGGAAGUUAA